CGCUAACUUUACACAUGAAGGGUGGACGUCUUAAACUCAAAGCAUUUUGAAAGCAAAUCAAGUCAUUCAUAAUGUCAAAGUGAGACUAUUUUAACACAAUGGAUAUACCGGUAUCUGUUACAAUUAAGAGAACCGCAUUUGGAGUCGGAUUUACCCUAAGAGACGAAGGUAAACCAUAUGAAUCGACAGCAAUUGUAAGUAGAGUAGCUCGUGGCAGCCCAGCAGAAGCAUCCGGUUUGAAAGCUGGUGAUCAGAUUAUUGCUAUAAAUCAAAAACCUGUAAAGUCUAUGACUUUCUUAGAAGUCUCCAAUUUUCUACGAAGUGGCAGUGAUCAGAGUAUUGAACUAACUUUGGUACACAAAGCACAAAGCCACAAAGAAUGCAAUGGUGCAAUUAUGAGUUGCAAUGAGUUGCCAGAGUCUAACGCAUUAAUUUCCUCAAGUAUGGCUAAUAGUAUAGAGCGGAUUUCGAUAAAAGAUACAAAUAUUCCAUCUGAAUGUGGUACUACGGAUGGAGAAUAUGGUGGUGGUGGUGGUGGGGAUGUUGCCGUAGAACAAGUAAAAGUGACAUCGGAUUCUGCGUCAACUGUUUCCACUACUACUGCCCAUAAAACCGAAGAUAACGAUCAUCAGUCUGAUAGACCAAAACCGAAGCCACGAAAUACAAAUAGAAAAUAUCAUGAUUAUAGUAAUAAUAAUAAUAAUUAUAAUGAUAUGGAGAAUGUGGAAACAUUACGUAAUAAAAGUUCAAUGAAACCAGUUUUAUCGCAGCUUCAAGAACCCAAAUCCCAUGAGUACAAUCACUCGUCAACAGUUCCCCUGCUGUCAAACAAUUGUUUACCUAGUGAAGGUCGUAAAGAGAAUACUAUUCCGCCUAGUUCGCUUCAAUUCAUUCAUAAUCCUCCAGGAAAAAAUGAUGAUGAUAAACAUGCCACAGUCAAAUCGGCCAGUUGUAAUCAUCACAAUCCAUCUACCACAACCGCCGCCACCACCAUCACUAAUUCUACCAAAACUAACAAAGAAGGUGUUCGAAUCAUUCGUAAGCAUACAAUCGAUUCAUCUGUAUUAUUAGAAGAGACAAAUGCUGAUACUCUCCCUGUUCGAUUUAUUCGUAAACGUGCUUAUGCAUCAGCUCGUCAUCCAGGUCGAUAUGAUCAAGUGAAUUUAUUAACUCCUCAAAAUAAUGCUACUCCUACUUCUCCUCCUCAUCCUCCUCCUACAACCACCGCCACCACAAUCAACCAUUCAGAAGAUAUGCCUUCAACAAUUAUCCCACCAUCAUCAUUAUCAAACACUCUUAAUACAUCACCGUGUCAACUAUUACCUGCUGUUAAUACUUCUCAAAAGACACCAAUUAAAAAUCAAAAUAUCGAGCCUAAGAUUACUCAUCUACCGCGUCGUCGUCGUAGCUCUGGUGGUCGUCAAAGUCUGCGAUCGCAUAUUCCACAAAUGUAUGAAGCUAACUACAAUCCGGAAAUGUCUACAACAACAACAAGAAUUGUUCCAGAUGUACGCAGGCUGAACAUGUCAUCGUCAUCAUCACCUAAAGAAGACUCCGAUUUUCACGGUAAAUCUAUGCACAGUGCUGUAACACAUGCUGCUUCUGCUGCUACUGCUAACACCAGUAAACCAAGUCUAUUAACUUCACGUCUCUGGUCAUCAUCAUUUGAUCAAGAUCAAAAUGAAUCUGUAUCCGAGUUGUGGACACGUGCAGGCGAGGUGUAUCAUUUACUUGAAUUAGAGAGUCAACGAUUAGCCAGUAAACAGGCGGCUGCAGCAGCAAAAGCUGCAGAAGCAGCACUGUCUGCUACGCCUACAACAACUGCCACUAACAACAAUCUACGUCGUUAUCCUGGUGCAUUCGUAGAUUAUGCUAGUCAUCCAAUGACAGGUUCAUCAUCAUCAUCAUCAUAUGCUAUGGAGAAAAGUGUACCUGGAGGCAGUGAAUUCUCUACAACACAACACCUACCUUUUUAUUCAUCACCUGUUAUUGUUGCUGGGGGUGCAAACAAUGCUAAAGAUGGUUUAUCGACGAAAACAAAUAAUUACAGUUCAGCUGAAUCAAGUCGUGAUCAUGCAUCUGUGAAUCCGACAGCGAAACGACUACAAUUCCGUGCUUUAUGCUCAGGUCUACGAUGUCAUCGAUCAGAAUCAAAUAUCUUGUGUGAUAUGUCCGGAUCAUUCCUAUCGCGUCAGUGUUUUUGUAAAAUUCUCGCUAUUAGUGGAUCCGAUAGUAAAUCUUACGCAUGGAAACCGUAUUACAUGUGUGUUGCUGAUGGCGAAGUGAAAUUUAUCAAAGCAUCAUGGGCAUUUUAUGGAGCUGGUCGAACUACUAGUAAAACAUCUAAACAUACAAAUGAUAUUAUCUAUCCACGAAAUGCAAGUUUGAAUAGUCUUCGUGAUUAUUCAUCAUCAUCUAAAACGCAUAAUACAUCAAGAUCCCAAGAUGGAUUAAACGAUGACUCUAUAUCAUAUCAUCAUCCAUCAACUUCUGAAACCGACUGUUCAUCUAUCUCGUCGUCGAAUAUUCCUGGCAAAUCGAUUAGUUCAUCAUCAGCUUCUUGUUUAGUUCUACCUAUUCCUGGUCUUAUUUGGCGUGCUGAAGCAUUACCAGCCAAUUUUCCCAACUGGUUACCUUUAGGUUCGAAUUCAAAUCAACUUUCAACACCUACUGCUUCUUCUUCUUCACGUCCAUCUAGUACUGUUAUCAACAAUCCAGAUUGGAUGGAUCCUCAUUUCUCGGGUUUAUCUCAUCCACCACAACAAACAUCGGUUGAAAAUAAUGAUUCUGUCAAUAUCCCAAUGACGACAGUGACCACGACGACGACGUCGGUGACGACAGACUCUCAUUAUAACAAUACUACCAGCAGUAGUAAUAAUAAUGUCAAUACUAAUGAGGAGGAUAUUCGUUCAAAAUUCCGUUGUUAUCGUUUUGGACAUAUUGCAGCUGGUGUUGAACUGUUAUUUGUAUUCCCUGAUGAAAAUGCAGCUAUGACGUGUUUGAAAAUGUGUCAGCUAUCCGGUGGACGUAGUUAUGAUGUGUCGAAACGAUCAGAGCGCUAUGAUCAUCAUCACCAUCAUCGUAAUGCUUCCUAUCCUAAGAAAUCUGUUAAUCCAUACGAGUUAGUCUUCCUAAAGUUCCCCGCCUUCAAAGCAUUCUCAGAGAUUCCAGUGAAAUCGAAUCAUCAUCAUCAUCAACAAUCGGUUAAUUUUUCAAUGAAACCAACAACAACAACAAUGAAUAGACAUCCUGUCCCGCUUGCAGGCAAUGAAUGUGAUGAUGGUGAUGAUGGCUAUAAUGAAAGCAAUAUCAGUAAUAUAAAUAAUAAUACUAAUAAACAGAAGAAUCGCAAUCACGACUUUGGGAAUGAUAACUAUGACGAUGAUGAUGAUGAUUCUGCUCAUAAUCGAAAUGUUUUUCUCCAGCCAGUUGUCGUCGUGUCAUCAUCAUUAAUGAGUAGUCCAUUUGUCACAGCUGUUGGACCAUAUUGUCUCCCGAAAGAUAAACGUCAACGUCGAUAUAUCAUUAAUCAUUUACCUGCUGAUCAAGAAUUAAUUACCGGGCGUAAUAAUACAGAAUCAAUUUUUACAAAAAAUAAUUCUGUUAAAUUUAAUACGAAAUAUGAUGAUGAUAGAAGAAAAUUUUGGACACGUGGACGAGAUAAAUCAGCUUACUAUGAUACACGGUCGGACACUUCUGAGGCAACAACCGCAACAACAACAGAUCCUUCCAAUUAUAGUCAUAGUGUUUCAUCUCAAAUCUCCGAGUUAUCUAUGAAUAAUAAUAAUAAUACUACAGGAGACGAGAAAUCGCAUUCAUCUAAUAAUCUGAUUCGUUCAAAUAAAAUUCUACGUGGAUUUAAACAAUGGUUAAAUCGUCCUGUUGGCGGGGGAUUGAAUUCUGCUGUCAACUCGAGUAGUGUAUCAGCAAAUCAUACCACCACUACUACCAAUAAUAAUAAUAAUAACGGUAUAAGUAGUGCGAUACAUUUCAGUAGUAGUACUAUUGCUAGUGGUAUCGUCAACGCUUUUAAUAGUAGUAGUAAUAAUAAUGUCAAUGGUAGUACAAACUAUAAUCAUUCAGAAAUACCUUCAACAGAUCCCUUACAGUUUUCAGAUUCUCCAAAUAAUGAGCAUAAAUUGGCUUCCUUGACAGGUAGUGGUGUUGAUCCUCCAAAUUUGACUGAUAUGGAUAAUCCUGGUCCAAUAUUUGGCGCGCCAUUAGAAUCCCAGUUAGAAAGUCCAGAUUACCCUUGUGUCCCCCUCUUAUUACAAGCUAUUGUUAUAGCACUGGAGAUUCAUGGCUUGAAUUUACCCGGUUUGUAUAGAAAGCCAGGUCGUCAUCGGACAAUUUCACAAUUUAUCUCCUCUAUUAAUCUGCGUCCCGACGAUGUGAAUUUUAUUUUUGGAUUGGAUGCAUGGAGAGAACCGAAUGCACUAUGUGGAUUAUUUAAACACUUUCUACGACAAUUACCUAUAGGAUUGUUUUGUUUAUCCUCUUGGGAACCGCUUGCUUGUCUAAUCCCAGAAGCAUCAAAAUCUUCAGAUGUACAACAGUUAGCCUAUUUAUUAAUUUCUAUGCGUGUUCAAUUGAAAAAGAUUGCAUUAGAGGCUUUUGGUAUUCCAAGUAUGAACACAAUGCCUCUAGAUGUACCAUAUUAUCCCACUGCUACUACCACUGCUCAAACAGAUGAUACUGUUGAUUGCUAUCCGCUAAACUUUAAUUUAUUCGGAUUGAAUUCAACCAAUAAUGAUGCCUAUAAACCAUCAAUUUCACCGCCAAUAUCUCCUCACACUGUUGCCGCUGCCGCUUCUGCUGCUGCCGCUACUGCUAAUAUACAGUCGAAAGAUAAUCCCACGUUUACGUUUAAUAAUAAUCAUCAUAUGAAAAUGAAUAAAUUCAAAGAUUUCAAUAUAUCAAAAAGAUCAUUCAGUGCAUGGCGUUGGGCUACACUCUGCUAUAUAAUGAAUCAUAUAAAUCGUGUUGUAGCUCAUGUUCAGCAUAAUGCCGUCACUUAUCAAUGCAUUGCUAUAUGUUUUGGUCCUGUAUUCUUUGGAAAUUCUACAAAAUUGCCAAAAUUAAAUGAGGUUCUUGAACAUUUAUUUCAACAUUGGAAUUGGCUUACAGACGGUUUACCAAUGAUAACAAAGACAACUGUUGAACAUAUUGAUUGUGGUGGGGGUGAUGGUGAUGGUGUCAGUACUCUGUCAUAUGUCAUAAAUAAUGAUCCAACACUAUCAGAUGCUGUCACCUAUUUAACUAAUGAUAAUCAUCAUCCUCGAGGACAACAGCGGCAACAGCAGGACACUGGGAAUCCAAAUGACUGUUAUCAUCAGUCAAGAAGUCGAGAAUCAUCUACUCAUCUACAAGCGCCUUCAUCAAAUCAAAAUCAUGAACAAAUUAGUUCUGAGCUAUGCUCAAAUACUGAAAAAGUUGGUGGUGAUGAUGAUGAUGAAGAUGAAUUGAACAGAGAAGUUAUUAAACAAGUGAAAAGUUUAUGGUUAACAGCUUUAGAUCAAGUCAGUCAAGCGAAUAAACCUUUGGCGCCUAAAGAAAAAGCUUAUAAAUAUUCAGAAGUCAAUAAAUCAAGUGGAUUACAUCGUACAGCUUCUGCAAUUCCUAAAACACCAAUCGGAAACACUGCUGGUGGACGUAAAGGAGGUGUUCGACGCUUAACUGUUGGAACUGCUUCUCCCCAUCCCUCAACAUUUGAUUAUUAUUGCAUUUCACCACCACAUUUUUUAUAUACAAAAGAUAAUGAUAGAAAGGUGUCAACACCUCUGACUAUUGCUUCUACCAAUACCACUACUACUACUACUACCGCUGUCAAAGGUGGUGGCGGUGGUAGUGGUGGUGUUACAAGUGUGCCUACUACUACUACUCAGUGUGAUGUGAUUAUUCGACGUCCUGUUGUGCCUCCUGUCUCUACAACUCAAUCAACAACCACCAGCACCAAUACUACUACUACUACUACUACUACUACUACAACUAAUACAAAUAUUUUAUAG